AUGGAAGCCUUGGUAGUCAUUGGUAUCAUUGCCAACUUCGCGGGGAUCGUCAGCCUAGCAAUACAGCUCGCUGGAUUAUUAGAAAAAGCAAUCGAGAAUGCGAGGACCGCCGACGAAAAGGUUCAGCACAUCGCCGCCGAGCUCCGCAAACUUGCCCGCGGUCUGACAGCACUGCAGACACUAUUGGAUGAAGACCUGAAAGCUUCAGGUGACCGCCUUUUCACCGACGAGGACUGUCGCAAUAUCCAUCGUAUUGUCCAGCAGUGUGACACAAUCUUCCGUCCUAUCGUCAUUUCAUUUGCAAAGAUGGGACGAGUGGCCUUGCCUGAUGCCGUUGACGAAAGCGGCGGUACUGCGGUCAUUCCUCACAACACUCUCACUUUCAAAUUCUCCAUGCUAGGACGCUUAAUGUGGCACUCCAAAUCACGGGAGAUCCUGCAGUCUGUCGCGGACUUGAACGAGUUGAAGGCCAGUCUUAUGCUCAUCAUCACCAAAGCAGAAGAGUCAAGGCAGAAUAGAAGGAGGGAGAAGGAGAUGGGCAGGGCAGCUUGGAAGAAAUGGAACCGGACCUCCAACAAGCCUACGCAGACUACGAAUGUUUCGCAGACGGGCGAGACACUCGUGACAGACGGCGAGCAGCGCGCCAGCUCGUUCGCGACCUGCCCAAUCAUUGACACGCUGGGUGGGAAAGGGUUGGCGGAUAAUUUGGCGGGCGGACGGGCAGGUGCAUGGACCGGCGCCUCGUUGCUCCGCACCUUCAUCGACCUCAACAACCGCGUCCUGGCCCGCUUCUCCGCCCCCGAACGCGCCAACAUCGGCAUCCACACCCGCCCCGGCGGCGACUGCGACCCCGUCCAUUCCCACGAGGUCCCCUACCGCAACCUCCUCCCCUCCCUCUUCGCCAUGCACGCCGGCUACUUCCUCAUCCAGCCCGCGUCCGAGAGGGAUAAACCGAGCAUCUGCAAGCACAUCGGACGAUCCAUCCGUCGCGAUGCCGAGGACGUGAAACAAGUUGCGUUCAUCGGGGUGACGAACCCGCUGAAUCCGGAGGUGGAGAGUCCGGAGCAGGUGGCGGGGGAUUUGGAGGAGGCGAGUAGGUGGAUCGAAAAGGAUCAGUUGGGGGCGACGGAUGAUUGUGGGUUUAGUCCUUUUAGUGUUGAUGCGAAGCCGAAGCGUGGGAGUCCGGAUUUUGCGAGGGAGGUGGCGAUGAGGAAGAUUAGGGCGAGCGUUGAGGGGGCGAGGAUGGCGAGUGAAAAGCUGGGUAGCUGA